AUGUCAGUCUAUCGCGUUGCCGGCCUCCCCACUGGCCUGUCCAAGGCCGGCGCGAAGGAGAUACUCGACGAGGUUUUUGGUACAGAGACGCAGACGAUAGUUCGCUCCCUGGGUCUGUAUCCCUAUACGGACUCCCUGUUUGCGACCGUCAUGUUCUUCCCCGUGCCGAGUCCUUUGCUGGAAGGGCAUUCCUGGAAAUUCGACAAGACCCUCUCAUUCGAGGGCCACGUACGGCGUGUCCAGCUCGAAAUCGACACGGCUUUUCUCGGUUUCACUCCCUUGAAUGUUGUCGAAGACACUCAAGAUGACAGGAUCGACUGCGUCGUCGUCAGUGGCCUCAGCAGUCACCCAUUUGGAUCAUGGAAAGAGAGGGGUGGCCAGUUCAUGUGGCUGGUUGACGAUGACACAGCGUUCCCCUCCAACGUCCGCGUCCUGCUGUACGGCUACGACACAUCACUCUUUGGGAGCGAGUCAUUUCAGACUGUCACCGACAUUGGCGAGCGGCUUGCCACCUCAGUCCGCAGUGUACGAUCUCUGUCCACGGAUUCAACGAAAGUCAAGCCUCGGCCCAUCGUGUUCAUAGCUCAUAGCCUGGGCGGACUGGUCGUCAAAGAAGCCAUCCAUAGCUUGGCAAAGAAAGACGAUUCCAACGCCAAAUGCAUAUACGGCUUGGUUUUCUUCUGCGUUCCUCAUCAAGGGCUGCUGGUCGAGCCCUGGCUUCGCCUUAUCAGCGAACAGCCGAAUCGGCAGCUUGUGGAGAACCUCAAGCCCAAGUCACCUUAUCUAAAAAAGCUAGACAAAAACUUCAAAGCCGCCAUAGUUCUCAAGGACUUGAAAGUGGUAAGCAUUUAUGAGACAAUGACGAGCCAGACUACCCACAAGGAUAGUAGCGGAGCCGUGGGGCGGACCGGAGAUAGAGAAGUCUUGGUUCCCAUCAGCUCGGCUCUGGGUGACUGGCCAGAGUCUGUGAUUCAUGGACGUGUGGCCAUCAAUCGCACCCAUGACAACCUCCCCAAGUUCCGGGGCCGCUUCGACGAAGACUACCAAACAGUCAAACAUUGCUUACAAGAUAUCUGGGCAACUGCCGUUGAAGAUGUCCAAAAGAGAUUCGCAGCCGACGAGAAGCCAACCAAUUCGAGCGUCCCUUCUGUGGAGAAGGUGCAGGAAUCUUUGUCAGAAAAGGAGGUCCCUAUCGGACUGAUACCGCUUUGGCCGAGUCCGGAGACGGAGGAGGUGGUCAAUAUCCAAACAGAGGUGGACUUAAUCGCCAUCCAUGGUCUCGGGGGCCACGCCAUUGAGACUUGGACUGAAGGGGAUAGAUUCUGGCUGCGAGACUUUCUGCCGUCGGAUCUGCCUACAGUCCGCGUCUUGACCUUCGGUUUUGAUGGAUCGUUAGUCUUCACGGCCUCAAAAUCCAACAUUCCCAAUAUUGCCACUCAGCUGCUAUUUAGUAUCAAGCAACUGCGGAGAAGGAAAGCCGAAGCGGCCGAGCGAAAAAUCAUAUUCGUUUGCCAUGGGUUUGGUGGCAUCGUCUUCAAGCAAGCCAUGGUCAUGGCCUGCGAGAGUGAGAGUCGAUACAGUGAAUUCGGAAAAUCCGUUGCAGGUGUUAUAUUCCUCGGCACACCGCAUAAGAAAGCUGAUAUUGGCUACUGGUCCAAAUUACUGGCAAAGGCUGCCCUUCUCCAUGAGCUUCGGCCGGACCUGUUGUCCAAUCUUGACGAAAGGGCCAUUGAGCUGGGAGCGAUUUGCUCUGGUUUCGUGGAACGUGGCAUGCCACCAGGCUUACAGGUUUUCAGCCUCUAUGAACAACGCAUUACUGCAAAACUUGGGUCUCUGGUCGUCGACGAGUCCUCGGCUAUUCUCCAUCUGACUGCAGAGACUCCGCUUCCCCUGAACGCAGAUCAUGACAACAUGUCUAGAUAUCUCACCGAGUCUAAUCCUAACUAUAUGACAGUGUUCAACUGCAUUGCUGAGUGGCUGCUCGACCAUCCUGAUUUUCAAUCGUGGACUAAGCCACAAGGCCACCAAGUCACUUGGCUUCAUGGGCCACCUGGCUCGGGCAAGACGGUGCUCAUGAGAGGCAUUGUUGCUCACCUGAUCGAGCAGAGCGAGUCAUCCGGCGACACUGUCAUUCGAAAGCCACUUUACUUCUUUUUUGACGACAAGAACUCUACCCGGAAAACAUCUGCAGCAUUUGUGCGUUCUAUUUUGAGCCAGAUUCUGGUUGACGAACGAACGUCGUAUCUCAUCAAGUUUUUGGAAGGUCGGGAUUACAAAGAGGACGCAGAAAUGGAAGAGAAUCUCUGGAUAUGUCUCUCAACUGUGAUUGAGAGAUCGCGAGGGAUUAUGUUCCAGUUUGUUAUUGACGCGAUUGAUGAAGUGCUGCGUAGCAGUGCUGGUGCACCAAUUACGAUACUCGACAGACUCGAGCAGCUCAUCACUCAGGAUCUAAGUGGCCGGGUUAAGCUGAUGCUCUCUGACCGCAAGAUGCCGCAGAACGAGUUUAUGGAGACGGCUAUUGCUAUCAUUGAUGUUGACAACGACUCUAAUCGGCAAAGCGUGAAGUCUUUCGUUGGCGGUCAGAUACGAAAACAUCUCCAAAGAUCGUACAUCUCAGUCAGUACUGGAGAAGUCGUGGAAAAUAAGAUCAUGGAGAUAUCUCGAGGGAACUUUCUGCAUGCUAGACUGGCAUGGGAUCAGCUCUCUGAGGGUAUCACAGAAUGGUCCCGAGAUCAGAUCUACAAGAGCCUGGAUCAGCUCACUACAAUUUCCCGCGGUCUGGUCGCGGCCUACUGCAAGCUCCUUAGCAGCAUCCCGAGAGCGCUGCGAAGCAAGGCCAAGGCAUCUUUCGCCAUACUCCGAAUCAGUCAAGAGAAGCUAACGUCUCGCCAACUUGCGUUUCUUGCCACCUUACACGACCAAAAGUUGGAUGAGCGGCCAUCACUAUGGUCUGAACUUCAUUCGCAGAGUGCUGACUUUGAGAAUUAUCUAGCUGAGGCUUGUGGAUAUGUCAUAAGAAGAGCUGAUGAUGGUUCGGUUGACUUCAACCACGUUUCUGCCAAGGACUUGUUCACAGACAGUAUGGAGGGCCUCUCACCCGAGGAGCAACAAGUCAUUUCAACCUUUGCUGUCUCAGACGCGGAUGCGCACGCCAUGAUGCACAGUUUGUGUAUGUCUAUCUUCCGAUUGGAGAAUCGAGAAGCAGAUUACUGGCGCCGAAAUCGGCAAGAUAUGAGGCAAGCUCAGGGCAAACUCAGAGCGUCAUUCGGAGUCGGCAUCUUAUCUAUCAGACAAUCACUCGAAAUAGCCGAAUUGGGCGUUACUCGCAUUGAAUCGAUUGCUAGAACGCCUUGCUUCACCUACGCAAUCCGACAUUACAUCAGUCAUUACGAAGGCGCGACGCCCAGUCCCCAUGCUGACAGUGCACUGGUCUCGUUCAUGCCUAGUCGACAGGCGUACUACUGCCACAGGAUGUGGUUAGAGAUUCGUACCUACGACACAGACCACCACUUGAACAGGUCCAAGUCGGUGCAUACAGAGCGCGACAAGAAAAGCACUAGCUCCAAGUUGUCGAAAAGUGCAGCUCUAUUUCGGCUCAUGGCGCGAGGAGACUGUCCACAGAUCGUGAAGGGUCUCGCGGCUCAAGGUGCCGAUAUCAAUCAUGUGGCCGGCUCGGAUUUCGAAUGCCUCACACUGUUGUCGUGGGCCAUCAUCUGCAGACGGAAGGACACUUUUUGCGCGCUUCUGCGAGAUGAAAACGUGCUAAUCAACUCCAGUCCAGACAGGGAUUAUGGGCCGCUUCAUCAUGCAACUCGUUGCGUAGACGAUAUGUUCUAUAUCCAAAGGCUGCUAGAGCAUCCCGACACAAAUGUCAACAUCCUUCACGCAUUAGACACACCGCUUCACCAGGCGAUCAAGUCCAAGAACCUAUCGGGAGUCGAAGCACUUUUGGCCCAUCCAGAUAUCGAUCUUAGCAUUACAGAUUUGGACAACGAGACUCCCUAUUUCAAGGCAUUUAAGCAUAAGAUGUGGGAACCGCUCCUGAUAAGAAUGAUGACGAUGGUCUCUAAGAGAACCUUAUCGAAGGCAAUAUCCGGGACCAGCCCGUUACUCAUGGCUGGUAUACACGGCUGGACACAUGUCGAGGAAUCCAUUCUCAAGAUGUUUCCGAACCAAGUGCUUAUGCAGGAUCCAGACACCAAGAUGAACGUGUUGGCGCACUACGCUUUCUAUGGCCGUCGAGAGAAGUUGCUCUGGAUCAUGAACCGUCUUCCAAGUCAACAUGCCUCAUUACGCAGCGAAGCGGACCACUAUGAUCUCCUUCAUCUGUGUGCAAACCAGAACUGGGAAGACAUUGUGCAUCUGAUGCAGCGGAAAUACCGUCUACAGUCUCUUUCCUCGGACCAUGUGGGGAGAACACUUCUUCACUGGGCACUGGAAUACAACUGGGAUUUCGACCGGAUAGAUCUCAGUCAGUACAGCAUGGCCGACCUCAACAAAAUGGAUCGCGACGGGUUGACGGCAGUCCACAUCGCCGUCACAAGCAGAAACAUGGCCGCCUUGGAAAUCUUGGUUGCCUCAGGGGCAAGUUGCUUACAAAAGGACAAGACUGGCAUGUCUCCCGCCCAUAUGGCCGCCGAUCAAGGCUACCGCGCCGCCCUGGAAUACUUCAUCGACAGUCCGCAUGCCGAUUUUGGGACCACUCGGACCGGCGCCAGCCUCCUGCACCUCAUGGCCCUGUGGUUCGACGGAGCCAUGGUCCGUCGCUUCGUCACCUCGCGAAAGGCGACGCUGAACAUCAACGCCGUCGACCUCGAGCGCCGUACCGCGCUACACUACGCCGCCAUGGCCAACAACGCGUCCGCAACCGACGCGCUCGUGGCACUGGGUUGCGGCAUCAAUGAACGCGACAACAAUGGCAAAUCACCCCUUCACGAGGCGAUCCGCGGCGGCGGCGCAGACGCGGCCUUGCGCCUGCUGCACCUCGGCGCCGACUGGCGGGCCACAGACGCAUUCGACCAGACGUGCCUGCAUCUGUCUCUCCGAUACGACAGCGACAGUCUUGUGUCGCGGUUCCUGCGGCUGGGCCUGGACAUUGGCGCCGUAGACCGGUUCGGAAUGACGCCGCUUCAUCGGGCGUGCGGUGCGGGCAAUGUAGACCACAUCCGCGAGCUACUUCGCAAAGGCGCCGUGUGGGAUGCACGGAACAUGUAUGGGCGCUCGCCGCUGGAGUUGGCUGUGGAGGCAAGGACCAAGAGCACCGUACAGACCAUGGUGUCGUGGGUGCUGACUCUGAAGAGGGCGCAAAUCAGCGGAAGCCAACGCAGGGUGCGGCGAUACCUCGACAGUGCGCUCAAGCUGGCCUGUGAGCUGGAAUGUACGCAUAUCGGGAGCAUACUGAAGGAGGCUGGUGCGGAUAUCGACUACAGCAAGGUCAAGGUUAAGAGGUUGUAUCGGAUCGGGCCCGUAGCGGAGCCGGGUCGUGACACUCUUGUGCCCAUAGGGGAGGGGAGCGGGUAUCCGUUUAGAGACUAUGAUUUGGCGGGCUUCUCUGGAGGGAAAUACCGUGCCUCCUACCAUUACCUGGACAACGAGAUAUCUUGGAGCGAUGGUAGCUAUCAAGAGUAG